CAGCUAAGGCAAAUGAUUUGGCAAACGGAUAGAUUCCAACUGCAUAUUCUAGCGAGCUAAGAAGAACAACACAGAAAACUGGAAGCACCAUGGCUACGGAUUUCAAGUUUAUCCCUCUUAUAGAUGUAAGUCCUCUUUUGGAGAAGUGGGAUCAUCCAAAUAUUGCUCAAGAUGAAGGUGUAGCUCAAGUUGUUAAGCAAUUAGAUCAAGCUUGUAGAAAUGCUGGAUUCUUUUAUGUGAAGGGCCAUGGUAUUCCUGUUUCCCUUAUGAAAGAGAUUAAAAACAUAGCACGUGAAUAUUUUCAUCAACCCUAUGAGGAGAAAAUCAAGAUCAAACUCUCUGCAGAAACUGGAUACAGAGGAUAUCAAAGAAUUGGAGAGAAUAUAACCAAAGGCAAACCUGACAUACAUGAAGCUAUCGAUUGCUAUAGAGAAGUGAAGCAUGGGAUGUAUGGAGGUCUUGGAGACGUUAUGCAAGGAUCCAACAUAUGCAGGCCAAGUAAUCCUCUAAAUUUCAAGCAGUUAAUGGAGGAGUAUAUUGACCGCUGCACAGAUCUAUCACGAAAGAUAAUGAGGGGAAUUGCUCUGGCAUUGGGUGGAUCAGCUGAUGAAAUGGAGGGUGAAAUUGGUGGUGAUCCAUUUUGGGUCUUGCGAAUAAUUGGUUACCCUGCUGCGUCCAUUUCAAAUGGACAUGAUAAGGCUCACGAUGAUGUUGGAUGUGGCGCCCAUACAGACUAUGGGCUAUUGACAUUAGUCAACCAGGAUGACGAUAUAGUUGCCCUUCAGGUGAGAAUUAAAUCGGGCGAGUGGAUAUCAGCACCACCUAUCCCUGGCACAUUUGUAUGCAAUAUAGGAGAUAUGUUGAAGAUCUUAUCAAACGGAAUUUAUGAAUCAACUUUGCACCGGGUCAUCAAUAACUCUCCCAAAUAUCGUGUUUGUGUGGCCUACUUUUAUGAGCCUAACUUCGAUGCUGCAGUAGAGCCACUGGAUGUGUGUUUACACAAGACUGGUGGCACCACGAAGUUUGAAGGAGCUGUUUACGGGAAGCAUUUGGUCAGCAAAGUCACCACCAAUUUUAUUAUGUAGUGAUUGAGCCAAGUCUGAAAAAGUGAAUGGAAUAAAAGCAAGGUUGUAUUCCCUUGAAAAUAAUGACAUAUCCAGUGUAAUCUCAUGAAAUAAAGGUUGUUUUCGAAAGACUCUCAGUUUAAGUAAGUGAGUAAAGCA